AUGCUCACUUUUUCAGUAAAAGACAUCAAUUUCAUCUACCCCCUAUGUUCUUAUAUGCGCAUUUUUCUCAUCACCCCGUGGUACGAUUUCAGCAAAAACCGCGAAUAUGCACCACAUUUAUCAAAAAUCUACGGAAUCGGGCUAAUUAUCGUGAAAAUCUGCAUCACAAUCUAUACUUCAAUGGUUCGAACCGUCGGAGAAACUCUGUCGAAAUUUUUGUUCAGUCAGAAGGUCUGCUUCUAUGGAGUUUACAUCAGUUUCAUGUUUUUGGACAUAUUGACGAUUUUGAAAUCCGCUUUCUGGCACGUCAACACCUGGAAAAAAUUGUUCAAGUACUUGCAGCACGUCGAUCUGAAAUUAUCGAAUCGGGGACAACGCGAACCCUCGAUCUGGAGAAAUUUUUAUUUGCAGUUUUUUCUGAAACAAAUUGCUUUUGGGGUUGUUGGCACCUACCAGAUGUAUGUGUGGUGUACCUUAAUGCAAAUGUCUGGGAUGACUCUACUUUUUUUUAACGGAGUUAUGCAAGCGUACGUCGAAUAUUUGAUAGUACUGCUAGUGAAUGGGAUAGUCCAAGGGUUCAAAAGUAGAUACGAAGACUUGAAUUUGAAGUUCUGUCAAGCUAGAAAGAAGGGGACGAUUUUGUCAGAAAUUAGGAGUUUAGUGGAAAUCUACAGGAUGUUAGGCGAGUCUGUCAAUAUUUUUAACACACUGUUUGGUUAUCAAUUUAUUUUGAUAAUAUUCCGAUUCGGGAUUGAAUUCAUCAAUGCGUUGAAUUCGUCUUACAUUUCGGUCAUAGUUCCUAUUGAUCGUGGGUUUUAUGGACAGCUUUUGCUCAGCAGUGCGUUGGUUAUGAUGUUGAUGACAUACAGCUUGUUGACGGUUGUACUUCCCAUUCAUUGUACGACACAAGAAGCCAAAAAAUUUGUGGAUUUGUGUUACCAACUGCAACAAGAGUGUUCUGAUGACAGUUACGAGGAAAGUUUGAAAAAAUGGACCAGUAUUAGUCAACGAUAUAUGCCCGAGUUUAGUGCCGCUGGGUUUUUCAACAUCAACAAAACCCUCCUUUUCACGAUAGUUGGUAAUGUGGCUACGUAUUUUAUUAUAGCAGUGCAGCUGAAUGAAAGCGAAUAUUCCAAAAUAAGUACUUGGUGA